CACUGUUUGUUUUUCCGUCUUUCAGUCUCUUUAUCAGGCGACAGUCGUUGGUGAAACCUUCCAGUGCGAUGAUCCUGGACCAUCUCGAGCUGCUGCAGCAGGCUUUUGGGCCCGGAAAGUUCGACGUUGAAGAUCAGACAGAACUUUCCAGCCAAGGAGCCAACUACUUGGGAGUGGUAACUUCUGUGACUCUCCACGGGAAAAACCCGAGUAAAACUUUGCGUUUGAUCGUGAAAGCUGCCCAAGGUAGUCAGCAGGCUGUGAGGAGCUCCAGGGCGAUUCUGCCUGCCUUUGAGAGGGAGCUGGAACUUUACCAGACGGUGCUCCCAGGACUGGCUAGUUUCCAGGCCGAGUUCCAUCUUUCCAGUCCUUUUGUGGCUGCCGCCUGCUUCGCAGGCUCGCUUUCCCCAGGCAAAGAAGCUCUAGUGCUGGACGAUUUGCGCCCGAAGGGCUUCCAGCUGUGCCCCACUCCUGAUGGCCUGGACUUUUGCCAUCAGGCAGCAGUCUUCCGGGAAUACGCCCGCUUGCAUGCAGUUUCUCUGGCUUUUCGGGACAAGGCCCCAGAGCAAUUCCUUGAGCUCACCAGGAAGAUAGAGCGGAACUUUCUCGAGCAACGCGCUGCCCAGCGUCCAGAGCUCUAUGAAGAGCAGCGGCGCGUGGUGCUGGCUAUGGGCAAGACGGCCCUGGACGGGCAGCAUGAGGAGAGGCGACAGCAGUUUGAGGUUGAAUAUCGCAGGUUUCUGGAGGAGGAGCCUGAGGAGGAGCUGCUGGCAGUUUGCCAUGGGGACUGCCAUCCCAACAACAUCCUGUUCCAGUACGCCGAAGGCCUCGAGUCGCCCAAGGUGGCGCUGAUCGACUGGCAGCUCUCCUCCCUGGCCUCCCCGAUGCGCGACCUGACUUUUGUUCUAUUCGCUUGCGCCUCCAAGGAGGCGCUGGAUAGAAGAGGGGAGCUGCUCCUGAUCUACCACGCCAGCAUUCGCACCAGCUUGCAAGAGUUCGGGUGCGAAGCCGAUAAGCUCUUCAGCUAUGAAACGUUGCAGCGGCAUUGGAACAAGUACAGCCCGUACGGGCUGUAUCGGGCCCAAGUGGUGCUCAAGCUGAUGCUGUUGACUCCGGAAGAACGCGCCGAACUGGAAGCGUCCUGCUCGAUUCUGGAAGUGUUGAAGAAGGACUUCGCAACGUCCUCCAAGUUCGCCCAGAGGGUGCGUGCACUGUUCGCCGCCCUCUCAGUGAAGAUGUAAAGCAGUCGCGAUCGACUGGUUUUUUCCUGUCUGCACCGCAGCCACCAUCAAGAUGGCAAUAAUUGAAGCAAUUGCUUCCGAGAUGGUGGCGAAAGAUUCGCAGGCGAUGAUUAGCGAUCGGUGCGUGAAAUAUAUUGUCUAGCUGGGGC